AGUGUGUACCCAUAAUGUACUGUACUCCAGCAACGGUGUAGUGGGGUGUGCAGUGAUUGUAUUCUGUAGCAAGAGGGUACAGAAGAAUCAAUCAACCAUGAGGACUGUGGUGCUUAUGUUAGCGUUGUUGUGGAGCACCUCAGCCCAAGAGGAAUGCAACCCUCGCGAGAUGGAAGGGGGAAUUGUGUGUGUCUGCGACGCCUCUUUCUGUGACGAGCCAGGCAUCAUUGACUUUCCUGACGAAGGUAGCUUCACCGUCGUUACCAGCAGUGAGGAAGGUCUCAGGUUCAACGUAGAGACUUUCCCUGUGGCCAGCGAGGAAACUCCAGAUGCUGUGGUGGUGACGGUGAACCGUGAUGACGUGUACCAGACAAUGCUAGGCUUCGGCGGAGCCUUCACCGACUCCGCAGGUCUCAGCGUUGUCAGCCUUCCCAGCGAGGCCCAAGAAUACUUCCUCAGAUCCUACUUUGCUGAAGAAGGUAACGCAUAUUCCAUCGGUCGCAUCCCUAUCGCUGGUGCUGACUGCUCCACCAGGACCUACUCCUACGAUGAUGUGGAGGGAGAUGUCGACCUUGUACACUGGAACCUGACUUAUGAGGAUUACGAUUAUAAGAUCCCACUGAUCCUGCGAGCCAUAGAAUUGGCUCCUAGGCCGGUGAAGUUGUUUGGCUCACCCUGGGCACCUCCUGCCUGGAUGAAGACUAAUGGAGAGUUCAAUGGAGCUGGAAUACUCAUAAAGGAGAUGUGGCAGCCCUAUGCAAACUACCUUGUUAAAUUCGUGCAGGCAUAUGAAGCAGAAGGAGUUGGUCUGUGGGGACUCACACCACAGAAUGAACCCCUCGGUGGCCUCAAUAAUUGGCCCAUAAACUGUUGUGGAUGGACGGCCGAGGAAAUGCGUGACUGGUUGAAAGGUAAUCUUGGACCCACACUGGAGGCAAACGGGUAUCGUCGUCUUAAGAUGAUGAUAGUUGACUUCAACAGAGACUCUCUGCCCUGGUUCGCCGAGACAUUGUUGGAAGACCCUGAGUGUGCUCAAUACGUUGACGGUACAGCCGUCCACUGGUACUCGGACUCUAAAGUCAGCGCUACUGUUCUGGACGAGACCCACGAACUUUCUCCAGAAAGGUUCAUUCUCUACUCUGAGGCCUGUUUUAGCUUCGACGAGGCAGAACUUGGAUCAUGGCAGCGAGGAGAGGAGUAUGCGCAUCACAUUUUUGAAGCUGUAAACCACUACUCGACUGGCUGGGUGGACUGGAACAUGGCUCUGAACAGGGUUGGUGGACCCAACUGGGCCGACAGCAUGCUUGAUGCCCCUGUCAUCGUUAAUAUUGAUGAGGGAGAGUUCUACAAGCAACCAAUGUUCUACGUUAUGGGUCACUUUAGUAAAUUCGUGGUGGAUGGUGCUGAGCGAGUGUCCUCCUCCGCCACCAGCGACACACUUGAAACUGCUGCCUUCAUUGACCCCUCAGGCAGCACUGUUGUCCUUCUUCUCAACAAAGGUGAGAGCGAAGUGGACGUCUCUGUGACUGAUGGUGCUGACACUUUCCUUAACUAUAAGAUGCCUGCCAAGUCCAUCCAGACCAUCUUACAUUAAUGUUAUGCUGAACUCGGCAAUAUUCUUCCACCAGUUAAGAGCUUUCAGUACUUCUUCUAUUAACAUCCUCCAAGACCUGAUCUUUCUGUAUGAAUGAUAGUCAAGAUCCAGUGAACUCCAUGAACUGAUCUGAUUCAGUUUUGUACCAGACAAACGUGUUCGAAAGAUAACCUGGGCUUACCAGUAUCUACACAGGUUAGAGAACAAAGUUUAAAUAAACAUAAUAUUUCAUGUA